ACAGGGUCAAGCUGUGGAUAAAGGCGCUUCAGGGGAAAGAGAAGUGAUUUCCUAACACUCACAGUUGGCCAGAGAUUUCAUGGGUAAAAAGAGUGAUAUGCGUUCAGGAGAUGGAGAACCUUCAGCUCAAAUGUUUGGGGCGCUGCUGGGGCUCCAGGAUGCUGUCGUCACGUGGAUGUCACGCGCCCGUCAGAGGGUUAUUCAGGGCUUAACUGUGUUCUCCAUUGUCUUUCUGCUUCUCUGGAUUUCAGCCUUUUUAUAUGGCAGCUUCUACUACUCUUACAUGCCAUUGGCGGCCUUUUCCACACCUGUGCACUAUCACUACAGGACGGACUGUGAAUCUCCUGUCUCUUUUCUAUGCUCUUAUCCAAUGGCAAACAUCUCUCUGAUGAGGAAUAAGAAACAUGUGCUGACAUUUGGCCAGGCCUAUGAGAUGUCUCUGCAGCUGGACAUGCCUGAUUCUCCAGCCAAUCAGGAGUUGGGGAUGUUAAUGAUCAAGACAACCUGUUUCUCUGGGAAAGGAGGGCAGGUUGCCUCCUCUGCUCGCUCUGCAAGACAACUGCUGUCCGCCUCCAGCUCUCGCUUUGGCAUGUUCCGGUACCGCUCAGAGCUGCUGAGGUCUCUGGGCACGCUGCUGUUCCUCCCGGCCUUUCUGACCGGAGUCUCUGAGCAGAAACAAGUGCUGGAGGUGGAGCUCUUCUCAGACUACACGGACGACCCAUAUCUCCCAUCGGUCACGGCCGUCAUUGAGAUCCUCUCCAGCAAAGUGCAGAUCUACUCAUCCCAGCUCAACGUACAUGCCCACUUCACUGGUAUAAGAUAUUUCUUGUUCAAAUUCCCUCUCCUCUCAGCCCUGGUGGGCGUGUCCAGUAACUUUGUCUUCCUCAGUCUCUUCUUCGUCUUCAGCUAUGUGAAGCUGCUGUUGAAUGAGGAUUGGGCACCAGUGCAGCUCAGAACAGAUGGCGGUCGGAACAUCAACCAAGAGGAUCACAGCAAUGCUGCUGGAGGUACAGCAGAGCUGGUGGGUCCACGAAUGUGACCGGAGAGAGGCCCCAUCUGCACUGUUGCAACAACCCAGAGCUGCAGAACAGACAGGUUCAACCUCAGAUUUAAAUACGAUUCGGAGGCCUUUCAAGGAUAAUGAGAACAAGAUGUAAUGGUGAAUACUUGAGACGGCUGGAAAUGACUCAGAAAGCACCCACAGACUUCUGAAGCUCUGUGUUUGUCUGAAGCUCUGUGUUUGUCUCACACUCUUUCAGCACUGUUUCAAGUCUCUCAAUGUUGCUUUGUUAAUACUCUGCACCUCAAACUUUGGAUUAGUAGUUCAAUCAAAAAACUGUUCAACAAUAUUCAAUAAUUCGAUAAGAUAUUAGAAAGUAAAUAGGUGUAAUGAUACAUACAGACAAAAUCAUGAAAUUGUGAUUAUAACCCUGAAUUGUUAUUUCUAUGGAAAUACUAUAUUCCCUUUAGCUGCAGCUGUAUGAAAUGCAAGAUUGUAAAGCUGUUUCAUUUUUAAUGUAAAGACAUGCCGGCUAACAUAUUUCUCUAAGUUCUUAAAACCAGCUCACUGUCUUUUCCAACUGAUAAGUAGUCCACCUCACAAAUACUGUGAAGUUGAGUUAUUUCAAUAAGGUUUGUGUGAAAAGGAUCUUGCUUAACUGAAUGACAACUAUGACGACAAUCCACAUGUUCACAAUAGAAAUAUUAGAGUGAUAAAAGUAGAUGAUGUUAAAUGUUUUAAAACUUCUUAAAACCUGUUUUUUGUUACUUGAUCAAAAUGCACAAAGAUAUCAAACCUGUUUUUGCCUCUUUCUACUUCAAAAAAUAUAUGAACACAGAUUUAGUUAUUUGAGUUAUUAAGUAAUGGCUGAAAAUUAUUUCUUAAGUCUACAUUCUGUUAAACUGUUGCAA